AUGGUUAUUUCGUUUGAGAACAAAAGGUCGUACGCUAACAAAGCAAGCCUCUCAACCCUGGCUCGAGAAUUCCCAAGCUUCAGUGAAUCUUUUCUUGAAAAACUUUUGCAGUAUCACAGGCACGUGCUCUAUCUUAUUAAACUGGUCUUCCGACAAAGCGCUUAUUAUUUUAUGAUCAUUUGUUAUGUGGAUAAUCUCUACACGGUUGCAAUAAUUCAUUGAAGUGCUGAAGGUGUGCGAAGUUACCUUGGAACCCAAGGUCAUUAUCCGCAACAGGGAUCAUCAUCAUCCACUGAAAUAGUUCAAUUGAAUGAGGCAACUGAAAGACCAGAGUUGUUUCCAUAUACCCCCGAAGAGGCUCAAAGCGUAUUGGCUGCGCAGGAGAAGGAACUCAGUAGACUGGUUGCGCUGAAGAGAAAUCAUGCGCACGGAUUUAGUAUGGCCCGUGGUGAAGCGAAGGCCCACUAUGCGAGUUUGCUUAAGAGAACUAAACACGACGUUCGCGUCCAAGAAGAAUUAAUCGCAGGUCUUUUAGUAUCUAUCUACUCCCAGAGGCAUUUGGAAGAAGCUCUCUCAAAGGAUAGCCGGUUCCAGGAUGACCCAGCAUGGCGUAUACGAACAUGGUUCAGUUGCCUUAAUCUCCACAAAGCCUCCAGAAUCGGUGCACUGACUGCACUCAGACAGCGGCUCAGUAUCUGUAGGAGGGGGCAGGUUCUUCCAUAUACACCACUGCCAUCUGAUCUUACUGUUCCCCCUGAUGUGGCACCGAACGGACAAUUCACACUGGAACCAAAAUACAGACCACGCAAACUUGUGAUUAUUCCAGGAAUCGGAAGCGGGGUUCUGCAGAAUGCAGUGAUUAGACAACUCAUGGAUGAAGGAAUAGCCUACUAUACGCGAAAUUCUGGGUUAUUAGAAUUGGAAUUUAAGUAG